GAAAUUUCUUUCAAUACAAAUAUUUACAAACUUCCGAAAGCAAUAUAUUUUUGUUUAGUUUCAGUUCAUGAUGGUGCUGCCAGGAUUAAUCGGAUUUGCAUCGACCUUGGUGAUUGCAGCAGCUGCCAUCGCAACUGUUUGCUACACUUUCAACUACAUCAAUAAUCGAUAUUUACACGAAGAGCAAGGUCCAAGCCGUCCGUCAUCAUCAGGCAACAACGAAUCGUCGAAGUCAUGGAAGGGAUACGAUGAUUGGAAUGAAAUCUCCUGCACUAUUUGCCUAAAUGCCGUAAAUGGUUGGACCACGCGAAAACUGGCAUGCGGACACAUGUUCCAUAAUAAAUGCAUUGAAAGCUGGUUAACCCACACUCGAUGCUGCCCAAACUGUCGUACGGAUGUGUAAGCAAAGACAACAGAAUCUGUUUUGCUGUGAUGACACUGAAGACUUCCGGAUAUACGUUCAGAAAUGUUUGUAAUCGGUGUAACAACAUUUUUAAGAUAAGCUUUUAACAUUCUUGGUUUGUUGAUAUUUUUAUCAAACUUAAUUUUCCCAUUUGAAUGUAACGUAUACUAAGUCUUGACAAACUUAAUGUAAUUUGAAACUCACAUAAAUCGGCAAUAAAACACUAGAAUUUUAAAAAUUCAGCG